GUUAAGGGGAAGGAGCAUUCUUGGAACAGCGUCUGGACGUGUUCUUUUUGCAUACAAUGUGCCGGUUUACUCAAUUCUGUUGCAACAGUUUCAGCUAUGUGUAGAAAACAUGAAAAGUAUGUUUCUGUUGGAUAAUACACAAACACGUGAUGAACAAGUUACUGUGUUAAUGGAUGCAUGUGAACGUUUAGAAGUUGAAAUUGAUACAUUAACUCGGAAAUUAGAUCAAGCUAAGCACUCACUGGACUUAAAAACACAAGAAUGCGAUUUCUAAUGGGUUCCCAGUAUUUAUUUAUUUAUCCAUUUGUAGUAAAGUUGUUCACACUUUCAUUUGGAGGUACAUUUUUGAAUAAAGAUGUUACAAUUGG